GCACAAUCAUUUCCUACAACCGUUUCCAACCCAGCCUGCUCCGUUUGCCCAAUACGCGUGUCCCCCUCUGGCCCCGCCCCUCGAGGAGCCUAAUCGGAACCGGAGGUGGGAGCCGCGCGGAGUUCCGUUCGCUUUCUCCGUCCCUUUGACCCCCUCCUCGCGCUGUUCAGCCCGGGCGCCUGCAAGGCUCCCACUAGAAACCUACUAGACGUCCGCACUUUCGCCGACGUCCUCAGGAUCCACGGUGGCUGCUGCACCGCGGUGCGUAGCGAUGCAAGCCGCCCUCAGGCCCGGGGGAACCUGCAGCGGUGCAAACCCUGCGGUGGCCGUCGGAGAGACCUAGAGGAGAGGAGGGUCCGCGGGGCGCCUUGUCCAGGAAGAGGCGGCCGUGUAUAAAAGCGACGAUGAGGUGCUGGCGCCUCGGGAGCCUGCUGGAGGUGCGCGCUUCGAGCUGGGAGAGUCGGGCUGCUCUCGCGGGCAAGCAGCCGCGGCCGCCCUCGAGGGACACGCUGGGCUUCCCUCGGGUGGGCGCUCCAGAGACCUGCAGCGCCCACCCGAGGGAGCUGCAAGGGGCGCCGCUGCUGCGCGCGGGGAUCGGCUCCAUAGGCUCGAGCCGCAGAGCGCUUUCUAGCUCCGCCGGGGACAAGGAUGGACGGGACGAGCCCGAGGGACCGCCGGCCGGCUCUGCUGCGGCUCCGGGGCCGGCGGUCGCUCGGAGGCGCGCGUGGCACAGGUCGCUCUCUCCCUCGGAGAGGCUGAGCCAGCUGGUCCAGCACGGGGAGCUCCUUUCCCCGCCCGUCGUAGAGGAAUCCUCCUCCCUUCCUUUCGCCAACGUCGUUCCCCAGGAGGAACUCCAGCCGGAUCGGGACUCUGCCUCCGAGGAGCUCCGGGACGCGCCUUCCAAAAACGCGCCCUUCCAGGUCGGGGAUCUGUUCCUAGCGGAGAGCCGACGGAGGCGCGACGCCGAGUUCAAGAAGCUGUGUAAACUCACCGCCGACGGAGUACUGACUAGCACCUGGGGGGCGGUGAAGUACGCCGACAUCGUGGGCAAGCUCCCCGGGCAGAUGUUCCGGACGUCCACGGGCCACACCUUCCUGAUUCGGAGGCCUUCGCUGGAAGAGUUUGUGUUGCUGAUGGAGAGAGGACCCACCAUCUCGUAUCCCAAGGUGGGAGAGCUUUGCCGCCGCCGCCCCCAAGCUGUCGUUGGACUCCCGCUCCCAUCAACCCCAGUCGACGUGGCCAAUGGGCAGGGAUGGCGGGAGUUGUAAUUCCAGGGACAGCCUGGGUUGAUCCAGCAAUAGCGAUGGAGGCGCCUUAAGGGGGAACCUGAUGAUGGCUUGGACCACUUUUUCUCCGAUGGCUCCCGGAAUUAAGGUUACUAGUACAGUGUUGCAAAAUCUAAGUGAUGAAUGGGGUUACAGGUCAGAUGGCAGGUCCCAGAACAAAGGCCAGUGAGAGAGAGAGAAACCUGAAACACUGAUUGCCCUGGUUUUAGAGCAGUAAAUCUGGAGAUUUCCCGUCUUAAGCCACCACCACCAUUAGGUUCAGAAUCUAAAAUUACCUAAUAGCCCACUGUUUGAAGGGUUUACUAAGAUAUAUAAGUGAAACGCUUUGAACACUGUAAAAUGGUAUAUAAGUGCUGAGUAGUAUUCUUAUUUCCCCAUAAGUCUUAGCCAGCGGUUAUCAAUUUGCUUAAAAAGCACAAAUUUGCUAUAAAGCACAAAGGCUAAGCUAAACAUUUAUGUUCUUUGCUCUUUUAACAUGUAGGAUAUUAAUGCAAUGCUGCUGCUAAUGGACAUCAGUCAAGGCGACACAGUGCUGGAAGCAGGUUCUGGGUCUGGUGGUAUGAGUUUAUUUCUAUCACGAGCAGGUAAAAUAUUGUCUGUUGACAGAAUCCCAGCUCUCCCACACAUUUUAAGAACACAGGAAGCUGCCUUGUAUCGGGUCAGAUUCCUUGCCUGCCUAGCCCAAUAUUGCUUACUCUGACUGGCAGUGGCUUUCCAGGGUUCUUCAUCUUAUGCUAUAUGUCCCUUUUAAUUGGUAUGCUUAGGAUUUAAACCCAAAACUUUCUGUAUGCAAAACAUGUGCUCUAUCAUUGUCCCCCUUGUCAUUAUCAUGCCCUGAAUUACUCUUGAAUUACUCUAAUUUAUUCAAAUUUAGUCCUACGUGCUGGGAACUUUAGCUGCUUUCCAGAAAAUGGCAGAGCUCUCAUUUCAUCACACAGGGCUGAAGUCAGAGGAAAUGUUGGCAUGUGAGAAUGGAUGCCCUUUGGGGCAUAGGAACACUCUUUAGGCACCUUGACACUGACACUUUGGACACUAAAUGUGAGAAUCAAGCCUUGGUGUACUGUGCCCUCCUUUAAAAUUACAUCCUGCGUUUCACUAAGAAGUUCAAGGUGCUGUACAUUAUUAUUAUUUAUUGAAUUUAUAUACUGCCCUGUACCUGGAGGUCUCAAACAUGGGGCUAUGCCAUUUUUUAAAACCACAAACAACACAGGAAAGUGCAUUGGAAUAAGUGAGUGAUUAGUUCAGGGGAGCCAAUGUGCUACCUUCCUGGUGGUGUUGGACUGCAGGUCCCGGUCAUCACUGCAUGCUGGUUGGGUCUGAUGGGAAUUGUAAUCCAAAAACAUCACAAAGGCACCAGGAAUAGCUUUCGAUUAGCCUUAGGUUGCCCAGUCAGCAUCACAGCUGCUUGUAGAUUUAAUCAUGGGCCUUCCUGUCCCAGGGACACGGGUGGCGCUGUGGGUUAAACCACAGAGCCUAGGACUUGCCGAUCAGAAGGUCGGUGGUUCGAAUCCCCGCGACGGGGUGAGCUCCCGUUGCUCGGUCCCUGCUCCUGCCAACCUAGCAGUUCGAAAGCACAUCAAAGUGUAAGUAGAUAAAUAGGUACUGCUCCAGCGGGAAGGUAAACGGCGUUUCCGUGCGCUGCUCUGGUUCGCCAGAAGCGGCUUAGUCAUGCUGGCCACAUGACUCGGAAGCUGUACGCCGGCUCCCUCGGCCAAUAAAGCGAGAUGAACGCCGCAACCCCAGAGUCGGUCACGACUAGACCUAAUGGUCAGGGGUCCCUUUACCUUUAUCUUCCUGUCCCAGGCCAGGACCAGCACUCUGGUAACUACACCUAGCUAUUAUCACAAAGUAAUUGCAUAAAUGUGCAGACAUACUUCUGUGACCAAUACAAUCUGCUAUCUUGAAGUACAGUUCGUGCCUUGCAUUGUUUAUUCUGUUAUCGUCAGGUUGAGCUUUCCUUUCAGGUGAAGACAUCCAAGUCCUCAUUCUGGCUUGGAGAUCUAUAGCAGAUAUCCACAGUAAUGUCUAUUAGGUCAUAUUUGCCUUCCUGUAUUAAGAGCUCAAUUUCUUCUUGCUUGUUUCCCAUCCUCUGUGUAUUUGUGUAGAAACAACUGAAACCACGAGUCAUUCUUCCACACACUGCUGCUUCUGCCCCACUCUGUAGAGAGUCACCUGCCACCACCACACGUCUCUUCCUUCUCUGCAGGUGCAUAGGAAUUUGCCUUAUACCAAGUCAGACCCUUGGGCCAUAUAAGCUCAGUAUUCUCUACACUACAAGGCAGCAGGCCUUGAGGGUUUCAGACAAGAGUGUUUCUCAGCCCUAACUGGAGAUGUCAGGGAUAGAAUCCAGGAGCUUCUGCAUUCAAAGCAGAUGCUCCACCAAGCUAUGGCCCUUCCGCUAAAGCACAUUGAAAUGCUGUAUGUUACAGCUUAAAAUUUGGUAGCUCCUGAAAACACCCAGUGGGGGAUAAGCAAUGACUCUAGGAGGUGAGUGCCAUAAUAGUAUUGCAAUUUUAUAUUGUAAACUAAGCUGUGAUCCUUGGAUCAAAGGCAGUAUAGAAAUGUUAAUUAAUAAUAAUAGUGCCCUACUGCCAUGUAAGCUUAUAGCCCUGUUAGCCAUUAUGCUCUGAGUGGUUGUAAUAUUAGGAAAUAAGUUAUCAUAUCUGGUAGGCUAGUGUUUCAUUUCCUGUGUCAUUUAUUCAACUCGGCAGAAAUGAAGAGAGCAGUAACUAAUUUUGGUUCACUUUUAUUUGUUUUCAGUUGGGCCACAGGGACGUGUUGUAAGUUAUGAAGUCCGGAGAGACCACUACAGAGUGGCGAAAAAGAAUUAUAAGAGGUGGCGUGAUGCAUGGAAAAUAAGUCAUCCUUUAGAGUGGCCAGAUAAUGUGGAUUUCAUUAAUGAAGACAUUUUAACAGCAGCUGAAGCUUUGAAAAAUGUAACAUUUGAUGCAGUAAGUAUCUUUAAAAAAACAACAACAAAGAAACAAAACGGGCACCCUGUUUCUGGAAUUAUCACAUCUCCCCCUGAGAAAAGAGACAUAUGAGAAAAGUGGAUUGAUCUUUUUUCAAAGCUAGAAAGCAAGUACUUCGUAAUGGUAUAUUUAGAGAGCAAAAAGCUGGUGUAAAGGAAGCCGGUUUAAGUUAAGGUGGUAUAAAGUUACACUAGAUUCAAACUUUAUUCAGCAGUGGUGUUACUGCUGGUCUAAUAUCCUCAUAGAUUUGCACAGAAAACACAUCUUUUAUAUUCUCCUUUAAAGUUUUUAAAAACAGAGUAAGUUCUGUUCUCCAACCCAAUUCAUUCUUUGAAACAGUGAGUAGAAAAGGUUUCUGUGCUGCCCAUAGUUCUCCAUUAGAAAGAAACUUGUGAGGGUUUUUGAUUGAAAUCUUGAUAAUUUCUGCUUCAGUUUUUAGCUGUGUUUUUUGGUGGUGGUGGGAGGGCAGUUACUUCUAGUGAGUACAGAGAACAUAUAUUGGGAUUUCAGUGUUUGCUGGAAGGGAAAUAAAAAUAAUACUAUUAUUACUGUUAGUAUUAAUGGUGAUGCUGUUUUGUAUUAUUGCAACUCACCAUGACUUUUCCAUUACCUUGAUCACUUUCUUUUCACCUUUUAAUAUAAUUUAUCCAAAUUAAUAUUCUAAUAUCCUCAUAGAUUUGCACAGAAAACACAUCCUUUAUAUUCUCCUUUAAAGUUUUAAAAAAUGUAUGUUUCUUCCAUAGAUAGCUUUGGAUAUGCUUGUGCCCCAGAACGUUUUAUCUGUGGUUAUCCCAAAUCUUAAAAUGGGGGGCGUUUGUGCAGUAUACCUUGCAAAGUAAGUAUUGAUCCUGCCUAUUUACAUGCUCCUUUCUGCUACAUGGAGUGAUAGCUUCAUUAAACUUGCAAUGGCUUCAUGCAGUUUGUUUAUAAAUGGUCUUAAAGAUUAUUAUAAAGUACAUUUAUCCUAACUUCAGAUUUCCAAAAAGCUAUAACUGACGGACACAAAUAUCUUGGUCCGAUAUACUGUUAUUUAUAGUGGACUGAGACUGAACCUUCCUCCUUGUCCUUCCUCCUUUUCUUAUCUCCCUUUGCAUAUCAAGCUUCAAUAAAAAGAAUGUGGUUUAUUAAAACAGUUUCCUGUAGCAUCCAAACUGGGGAAACUGUGACUUAACAAACUGCAAUAUAUUCCUCUAAGCCAGGCACCCAAGAAGGGAAAUUACAGAUCUAAGGGUCUUUCUUAAAGUUGUUUUGACUGAGAUCAUUGCAUCUGAUCUGGUUUUAGUAUAAAUGUUAUUGUAAUAGACUUUUGAUAUGCUGCCUUGUGUGCUUCUAAGUUGACGGGGAAAGGCAAAAUAUUAAUGUUUAGAUAGCAUCGGGGCUAGUCAGUUACAUCAUCAGUGUGUCCUAGUUCCUAAUAAGUGAUAACUGAUGGCUGUUUGUCAUGUUUUAUAGUCUCGUUGCUCUUUGGGAUAAACGGACUUGUAGUUCAGGCAAGAGAGCUAGUUUAGUAAAAACGUUUGGGCUGGCUACAGUCAAAUUUAAAUAUAGCUCUUUAACCAAGUGAAAUACUGCAGUCCUGUGCACACUUACUUGGAAGUGGGACUAACCUCUGAGUGAAUAGGCAUAGGAUAGGUUUACAAUACAGUGGUACCUCUGGUUAAUUCGUUCCGGAGGUCCGUUGUGAUGGGAUGAUGAGCUGCUUGUGCGUAAAAUCGUAUCCCCUCAGAGUUUGUUCAAGUCCACAAACCUCUGUCUGUGACGGAGCCCCUCAGACAUGGCUACUCUAGUCACUAGCAGAUUCCGACAGUGGUUGCUUUCGUAAUCGCUUCCAACAUAAAAGCUCCUUAACGGAAACCCGUCUUCUGGAAUCUCUGCGUGACAGUUUCCGGCGAGGAGUGGGUGUUCUUACAGGAGGUCCUGAAACUUCCCCACUGUUUUCGCUGGAAGUGUCUCUGAGCCAUCCCUCCAGCUCAGCUCCUCUCCCCCUGCUGGUUCCCUCUUCAGCUGCUGCGUCUCUCCCAACCUGUGUGAGCCCUUUCACCUCCCUGUUGGUUCCCUCUUCAGCUGCUGCGUCUCUCCCAACCUGUGUGAGCCCUUUCACCUCCCUUCCGUCCGAUGGCAGUUCCCUGACAUCCACCUCCCCCUCCAGGGCCCCCUUCACCCCCUCUCGCCCCCUCCUCUACGGGCGGUGAGGAGGCAAAACCCAGGAAUGAACUUCCUUCAUCUUCCGAUGUCUCGAACACUUCUCUCAACCUGUUGCGGUUCCUGGUCUCGAAGUACACCUCCUCCUCAGAGUCCAUCUCCCCUUCCCCUUCCGAGUCCGGGAAUCCUUCCAACUCCUCCCCUUCAUCAGUGGUCCCAAAGUAUUCCCUCCGGAACCUCUCCACAGGCUGAGGUUUCCUUGGGAACCUUUGAUGGAACGUUUCUAUCAAUACCUCGUCAUUGAUAUCUUCAGCCAUUACCCAAGUGUUUUCUGACUCCGGUUCUCCUUCCCACGCUACCAAAUACUCCACCUGAUCCCCCUUCCACCUGGCGUCGAGGAUUUCUGCCACAUGGCUGCUGCAUUCUCUUUCUUCUACGACCGGUCCCCGAGGGCCAGCCCUUCUCGUCCCCCUUCGUACGGUGACAGUAACGACCUGUGAAAUACUGGGUGCAGUUUCAUGUGGUUGGGUAACCGGAGCCUGAAAGCCACUGGGUUGACCUGUUGAAUGACCUCAAAGGGACCCAACCUCCUGGGUCUUAAUUUCUUACAACCUCCUUUGAACGGCAACCCUUGGGUUGACAGCCACACCCUAUCUCCCACCCUUAUGGUUUCACCUUCCCUUCGGUUCUUGUCUGCCUGCCUCUUGUAUUCUUCCUUCGCCCUUUCUAAGUUGAGUUGGAGCUGACGAUGGAUUGCUUCCAUUUCUUCCACAAAAUGCUCGGCUGCCGGGACACUCCAUCUCUCCCCCCUCCCCCUGGGAAAGCCCUGGGAUGACACCCAUAAUUAGCCAAGAAGGGGCUCAUCCCUGUGGACACAUUCUCGGCAUUGUUGUAGGCAAAUUCCGCCAGCGCCAACUUUUCUACCCAGUCAUUCUCUCUGUCAUUGACAUAACACCUCAGGUAUUGCUGGAGGACACCGUUUGCUCUUUCCGCCUGCCCGUUGGUUUCAGGGUGCCGGGCAGUCGAAAAAUUGACCUCCACCUGCAGUAAGCUCAUGAGCUUCCUCCAGAACCUGGAAGUAAAUUGUUUUCCUCGGUCUGAGACCACCCUCAAUGGCACCCCGUGCAACCUAAAAAUGUUUUCUACAAAUAACUUCGCUGUCUCUUCCGCCGUGACUGCAUGCGAGCAAGCUACAAAGUGGCACAUCUUUGUUAGUAGGUCUACCACCACCAUGAUGGCUGUUUUCCCUUUGGACUUCGGCAGAUCAGUCAUAAAAUCUAUCGACACUGCCUCCCAAGGUCGUUCUGGGGUUGGUAAGGGUUCUAAUAGCCCCGCCGGCACCCGCCUUUCCCCUUUGGCUCGCUGGCAUUGCUCGCACCCUCUUACAUACUCACGUACAUCUUCCCUCACCUUAGGCCACCAAAAUUCCCUGGUGACCAACCACAUGGUUUUGUGUUGUCCAAAAUGCCCCGCCGUAGGGCUGUCGUGCAACUGCUUGAGUUCCCUGAGCCUUUACUAUCCUCCAGGGAUAUACAGUGCCCCUUUGUAAUACAAAGCUCCAUUUCUUUCCUCAAAACCCCUGGUUCCUCUCCAUCACCCCUAAGACCUCUGAGCUUAUUCUGGGCGUAUUCAUCAUUCUCUGUUUCCUCUACCAGUUCUCUUUGUCCCACCAAUGCCGCCCCACACACCCAGCGGUCUUCUGGAAUGACAUGUCUCUCUUCGGGUGCCCCCUCCCCUUCCAAAUAUUCAGGUUUGCGUGAGAGAGCGUCCGCCCUAAUGUUCUCUGGGCCUGGCACGUAACUAAUCUCAAAGUUAAAUUUGGAGAACUCCUGGGCCCAUCUCACUUGCCGUUGGUUGAGCACUCGUGCCGUCCUCCAAUACUCUAGGUUCUUGUGGUCAGUGCACACUUGCACCUUAUGUUGUGCGCCAAUUAGCAGGUGCCUCCAUCUCCGGAACGCCUCAUGAAUGGCUAGUAGUUCUCGGUCAUACACCGUGUAGUUCCUCUCGGAUUUGUUCAGCUUUCGCGAAAAAAAGGCACACGGUCUCCACUCUAACCCCUUCUUGCCUGGCUGCAGAAGCACCGCCCCAAUCGCUCUGUCUGAUGCGUCAGUUUCCACUCUCAUCGGUUUUUGUAAAUCCACAUGCAGGAGUUGUUGUUCCGAGGCGAAGGCCCUUUUAGUUCCUCAAAUGCUCGCUCCGCCUCCUCAGUCCACACGAACUUCUUCUUACUGCUGAGACAGUCCGUAAUGGGCGCCGUCAGGUGGGCAAAGUUUCGGAUGAACUUACGAUAGAAGUUCCCAAAUCCUAGGAACCUCUGCACAUCCUUCUUUGUUUUGGGUGUUUUCCAUUCCAGCACCGCCUGGACCUUGCCGGGAUCCAUGGCCAAUCCUUUGUCUGACAGGCGAUACCCCAGGAAUUCCACCUCCUUGGUAUGAAACUGACACUUCUCCAGUUUCACCCACAGCUGGUUGGCUUGCAGCCUGCUCAACACUUCUCUGACGUCUCUCACAUGCUGCUCCUCAUUCUCAGAAUACACCAACACGUCGUCUAAAAAGGCCACACAAUUCUUGUAAAGCAAAGGCCCCAGGACGUGGUUCAUAAACGAUUGAAAUGUUGCGGAGCCUGCUUGUAGGCCGAAGGGCAUAACCAAAUAUUCAAAUGCCCCUAAAGGGGUGAACAUAGUGGUUUUCCAUUCAUCCCCCUUCCUUAUUCGUACCAGGUUGUACGCCCCCCUUAGGUCCAGCUUUGUGAAAAUCUUUCCCUUCCGCACCCUUGUCAAAAUGUCGUCAAUCCUGGGCAUAGGGAAGGCUACUGGUUCUGACACUGCAUUUAAGGCCCUGAAGUCACACACCAGCCUCGGCUUGUUCGUGUUUUUCUUAUCCACAAAAACACUGGGCUGCCCCCACCGCCCUGGACUCUCUGAUGAACCCUCUCUUCAGGUUCUUGUCAAUGAACUCUCUUAACUCCUGCAUCUCUCUGUCUGACAUGGCGUACAGCUUGCCUACAGGGAGCUGUGCUCCAGGGAGUAAGUUGAUUUGACAGUCAAAGGGUCUAUGCGGGGUAGUUGGUCAGCUUCCUUUCGCUGAAGACGUCACGGAGAUCUGCAUAUUGUCGUGGUACCUUCACGUUCUCUGUUACUUCAGUCCCUGCUAGGGUGGCUUGGACCCCUGCCAAACCCUUUCCCUCUUUGCAGUGUUCUAAGCAAUGUGCUGAACCAAAAGAAACCACUCUCUGAUGCCAGCCCACCAGCGGAUCAUGUAACGCUAGCCAGCUCAUCCCCAAUAUAAUGGGAGCUCCUCCCAAGGUGGCCACAUUAAAAGCUAUCAGUUCGGUGUGCCUUGCUACCUUCAUUAUCAUUGGGACGGUCUGCAAGCUGACUUCUCCACCCAACAGCUCCCUGCCAUCGAUAGUGGUCACCUGCAGGGGCUGCUUAAAGGAUUGUCUGUAUCUGGUGUUCAGCUGCAAACUCUUUGCUCAUGAAAUUGCAGGAGCUGCCUGAGUCCAACAGCGCCUUUAUCUUUAGAGGGUGUCCGUUUGGCAGCUCUAGCGUCACUUCUAUCACUAGGGCGGGUUUAGGAGGUUCUGGCGUGGGCACUCUCACUGCUCUUUGGCCUGGCUGCUGUGCCCUGACAGUGGCAGCCAGGCGUUGGCUUUUACUUGCUCCGGUAUAUUUUCCUCUCUUCCAUCCACAGCUCCUACCAUCCCUUGCCAUUCUUUCCUCUGGGGGCAGACUCUGGCAAAGUGACCUGGCUGUUGGCAGAGAUAGCAUUUCCGGGCGCCUUUUCCCUCCUUCUUUGCCCCCUCACUGGGCUUUGAAACUGCGCGCGCGCGCGCUGUUCCGAUUUCCAUCGGCUCUGCCGGUGGGAAAGUUGGCUCUGGAAUGUCUGGAAUGCGGAACUCCUUCCAACGUUCCCCUUUCCCUUCCCGCCUCUCCAAUGCUCUCGCCUCCUGGCGCGCUCCUAUGGCCAGCGCUGAUUUGGUCAGCUGGUCCAUAGACUCCGCCCUGGGCGCCCGGGAAAGUUCGUCUUUCACAGCCGAAGAAAGCCCUUCUUCAAAGAGCAUCUGAAUGGGUUCCGCCGAUAAGUCCCACCCCAAUCUGUGAACAAGCAUGGUGAACUCAGUCCAGUACUCACGGACAGAUCGGCUCCCCUGUUUGCAACCCAUUAACUGUCUGCGCACCACUCUCUUUUCAAUAUCGCUGGAAAACAUCAGAUCCAUGGCGCGAAAGAACUUCAUCGUGUCCUUUAAGACGUCACUAUUAGCUGCCAUCAGGGGUCUAACCCAGUCUCUCGCCCCCUUUUCAAGAUGCUCAAUCACGAAAGCCACUCGUGAUUCCUCGUCAGGGAAUUCAUCAAACUGCAGAUUGAGGGCAUAUUGCAUUUCUGUCCGAAAACCAUGAUAGUUUUUGGGCUCCCCCCCAAACUUCUGCACCAAUCCUGGUACCUUUCUGGCAAACUGGGUGGCUUUCCCCUUUGUCUGCAUCCUGAGCCCUCCUCUCCUCAAGCCUCGCCGUCUGCAUCGCUAGCUGGACCUCCAACAUCUGGUACCUUUCUUCCAGGCUUGGACCCGCUCCAGCUCCUGCUUCUCCGGUUCCGGCUGGGUUGCUCAUGAUGCCUUCUCCUGCACAAGCUGCUUUCAAAGACUGUCGGAAUGCUGUGAUGGGAUGAUGAGCUGCUUGUGCGUAAAAUCGUAUCCCCUCAGAGUUUGUUCAAGUCCACAAACCUCUGUCUGUGACGGAGCCCCUCAGACAUGGCUACUCUAGUCACUAGCAGAUUCCGACAGUGGUUGCUUUCGUAAUCGCUUCCAACAUAAAAGCUCCUUAACGGAAACCUGUCUUCUGGAAUCUCUGCGUGACAGUUUCCGGCGAGGAGUGGGUGUUCUUACAGGAGGUCCUGAAACUUCCCCACUGUUUUCGCUGGAAGUGUCUCUGAGCCAUCCCUCCAGCUCAGCUCCUCUCCCCCUGCUGGUUCCCUCUUCAGCUGCUGCGUCUCUCCCAACCUGUGUGAGCCCUUUCACCUCCCUGUUGGUUCCCUCUUCAGCUGCUGCGUCUCUCCCAACCUGUGUGAGCCCUUUCACCUCCCUUCCGUCCGAUGGCAGUUCCCUGACAUCCGUUCUUAACCUGAAACCGUUUCUAACCUGAAGCACCACUUUAGCUAAUGGGGCCUCCCGCUGCUGCCACGCUGCCAUUUCUGUUCUCAUCCUGAAGCAAAGUUCUUAACCCGAGGUAUUAUUUCUGGGUUAGCGGAGUCUGUAACUUGAAGCGUAUGUAACCUGAAGCGUAUGUAACCCAAGGUACCAUUAUACAAACUAUUAUAUUUUAUACAUUUAUGCAUGUGUGCAGAUUUAUUCACUGGCAAUAUAUAUUAUUUGAAUUCUUCUAAAAGUAUCACCCAGGUUAUUGAUCUGGUGGAAGCCAUCCGGACCAGCAAGAUAAACCUUUUUUGUGAAAGGAUAGUUGAGGUGACACACAGAGAUUGGAUAGUACUCCCAGCUUCCUGGAAAAUUGGUGGCGUUUUCCACAAUAUGAAAUCCAAUCAGAGCAAGAACAAUGAAUCAGCUUGCCAUGAUGAAAAUGAGGAGAUUCCUGCUGAACAGAACAAAGAAGAUGAUGGUAUGGACCAAGUUCUAAUGAGAUCUUGUUUUGUGGUAGUCACUAGAAUGUUGCAGUCCCACAUGCUGUGUCGAGAUGUGAACCUUCAUGUAAAAUACAGCCUGAGCUGACCACCAGCAGACUGUUGCUGGGUACGCAAUCUGCUACUGUACUUUUGUCCGUAAGGGCCUGGUAUUGGAUUCUUCUUUAUGAUGGUGAUAUUCAAUGUUGAGCAGGUGAAAUUUCCCUUCCUUUCCUCUGUCCUUCAGCCUCUAUGGGCCCCCCAAAUCUGCUCCAGGGAAUCACCUGGAUCUCUGGAGCAUAUCUGGGGGGCUGCAGAAAGGAGGAGAGUAGAAAUCUGUUUCACUCGUGAAUGGGCACAACUGAAUAUUGUCCAUUGAGAUUUCUAGCCUACCUUUCUAGUAACUUUACCACUACUGUAUUGUCUUUGAGGAGUGAGGACAUACGAGAGAGCAAAUAUCUAGAGAAAAGAAGUAGAGAAGGGGUUUUCUAGAAGUGGGAGGGAGAGGAACAACAAAUGGGUUCAACAUGGAAAAGAAUGUCCUGAGGUAGAAUUAUUUAAAGCAGAAACUGGAAUUAAGAGUGCUGCACAACAACUUUCUAAAUUUUAUUUUAACAGCUCUCAUUUCUGAUGAGACAAAACCACCAUAUAUUGCUAGACCUUACCCUUGGCAAGUGGGGCACACAGGUAAGAAUGGCUUGGCAAAUAUUUUAUAAGAUACACAUUUAUUGCUACUAUUUUUUCAUAAGCACUAUUACUUUUUCAAAGAAAAAUGGAAUUAAUGAAUAAAUACUUAUGCUUUCCGGCUACUUAUGUGUUGUAUCACUAAUGCUGAUGUUUUAUUUUCCUUCCAAACUAGCCUUUCUUAUCAAGCUGCGGAAAUUUAACCCGGCAUACCCAAAUACUACUUCAAAUGGUAUAUCCUAAUUUGAAGAUUGCACUUCACCAGGAUUAAAAUUGUAAAUUAUAUCAUUGUUGUUUAUGCAAUUUAGGAAUCCACAACUUUGAUUUAUGUUGACAAUAUUUUUGAUACUAAAAGUUUCAGC